GCUCCAAGUUCUUAUCCACGAAAUAUCACUGUUAUCGCUUUGUCAUCUACGUCCAUUUAUAUUACAUGGCAAUCACUUAGAUUUGUUGAUCGCAACGGUAUAAUUACUUCCUAUACCAUAUGUUACAAUUCGACUCAAUGGAAUGAUAAUGGCGUUGUACAAGUUGGCAGUUCAACUACAAACACGUUCUUGCUUGGUAACUCUAGAAAUUAUACCGUUUUCAACAUGAAGUAUUUUUCAAAAUAUAAGAUAUCCAUACAAGCUUUUACAAUAGCUGGUGUAAGUCCACGAAGUAACGAAUAUAUCAUCAAUACUUUAGAAUCAGGUAUGUUUUAA